CCUCUUCUAAAAUAGCCACCCUGGCCUCUUGGUACUGCUGACCCCAGCUAGGCUGCAGGGAUUGAUUGGAGCUGGCCUCGGGGCCCUGAUUGGUCACAGUGAUUAGGGCAAAUACCAAGGUCACCAACAAGCCGCGGGCCCCUUCCCUAGCCUUAGUUUGCAGCUGCCCAGGGCAGGGAGGUGGUGGCCUCUCUGUUGCCAGACCAAGCCUGCGAGAAACACCCAAGGCAGAAGAGUCCGGAGUCAUGUGGAGUCCUGGGGCGCUGGUCCUGCUGCUGACCGCCUGCCUGGUAGUGAGUGCUGACCCUGUGCCGCUGCCUCCCGACGACAUCCAAGUGCAAGAAAACUUUAAUGUCUCUCGGAUCUACGGGAAGUGGUACAACCUGGCCAUUGGCUCCACCUGCCCGUGGCUGAAGAGGAUCAAGGACAAGAUGGCUGUCAGCACGCUGGUGCUGGGCGAAGGCACCACGGAGGCGGAGCUCAGCAUGACCAGCACCCACUGGCGGAGAGGCGUCUGUGAGGAGAUCUUGGGGGCUUAUGAGAAAACAGACACUGAGGGGAAGUUUCUCUAUCACAAAGCCAAAUGGGAUGUAACCAUGGAGUCCUACGUGGUCCACACCAACUAUGAUGAAUACGCUAUUUUUCUGACCAAGAAAUUCAGCCGCCGCCAUGAACCCACCAUCACUGUCAAGCUCUAUGGGCGGGAGCUUCCACUGAGGGAAAGCCUCCUGCAGGACUUCCGAGAGUUUGCCCUGGGUGUGGGCAUCCCUGAGGACUCCGUCUUCACCCUGGCUGACAGAGGUGAAUGUGUCCCUGGGGAGCAGAAGCCAGAGCCCACCACCCUCCCGAGAGCCCGGCGGGCUGUGCUACCCCAAGAAGAUGAAGGAUCAGGGGCUGGGCAGUUAGUGUCUGAUGUCGUCAAAAAAGAAGAUUCCUGCCAGCUGGACCACUCGGCAGGCCCCUGCAUGGGGAUGACCAACAGGUAUUUCUAUAACGGCACGUCCAUGGCCUGUGAGGUCUUCCAAUAUGGCGGCUGCAUGGGCAACGGCAACAACUUUAUCACAGAGAAGGAGUGUCUGCAGACCUGCCGGACUGUAGCGGCCUGCAACCUCCCCAUAGUACCGGGCCCAUGCCGAGGCUUUACCCAGCUCUGGGCAUUUGAUGCUGCCCAGGGGAAGUGUGUCCUCUUCACCUAUGGGGGCUGCCAAGGCAACGGUAACAAGUUCUACUCAGAGAAGGAGUGCAAGGAGUACUGCGGUGUCCCUGGUGAUGGGGACGAGGAACUGCUGCGCCUCUCCAACUAAUGGCUAGCUGGUCUGCAAGCCAGCGGGUGGCUAGUGUCUGCCCCAGAGUCCUGUGACAGGCCAGGCCAGGUGACCUGGGUCUAAAUAAAACCCAAGUUGUAAGCCCCUG